AAAUAUUAUACCUUUAAAAAAUGUAAAUAUAUAUUAACUUUGUAAUAAAUCACAAAAAUUUUAAACUCUGAUCUCAUUAAUGAAACACAAUUUUUUUAUGUGCUGUACAUGUAGCACUAACCAUAGGUGUUUCUUUCUUUUUCAUAUAGAGAUAAAUACAAGUGUACUUUAUAGAUUACAAUUUACUGUAGUGCUAUGCUUUAGGUGCAGUACCAGAUAAGUGAUAGAUCACAGUUAGUUUUAUCAGAUAAGCUAUAUUUCUAGAGUGAAGCGAUUGGGACCAAGUACUGAAGAUUUCAAAAUGAUUAACAUUAUUCUGUGUGCAACCUUAAUUAUUUGUGCAGAAUCUUUAUCAUUAGCUGAAACAGAUAUGCCAAAAUGCUUUCAAUAUACUUGGAUAGCACCUGCAUUUAAUAUUAAACCAGAUCAUUUUAAUUGUACAAAGCUUACAGAUUUUCCUUGUAUCGAGCCUCCAAUUAUAACAGAUAAACCACCAGAUCCGCAUGAAAUGGCAAAUAAUGAAUCAAUGUUAUGUACUCUUACAUCUUCAAAUGUGUGUGUAAAAUAUACCUAUAGGUACAACGGGGGUAUUGCUAGAACAUCAUCAUUCUGUGGCAAAGUGAUCGAAGAUGAUCUGAUACCUGUAACAUCAGGAUGUUAUCAACAACGUGUAAACAGUCAUGAUCGUGAAGUAUGUGCUUGCCAAACUAGAAGAGGAGAAGACCCUUGCAACAUGUCAAUACAAACGAAAUAUUCUAUUUACUUAAUCGUUACAGUGUUAAUACUUGUUGUUAUAUAUGAUUUAUGCUAACUAUACACAAUAUAAAACAUGUAUGUAUAUUUAUAUUGUAUUGGUUUUACUGUUUUUGCUAACGAUAACUGUUAAUAAUAAAUAAAAUUUUAAAUACA